AUGGUCUGUUCUAGGAACACCAUGAAAGGACAAGGACCAAACAUCAGGUCUAGGAUCAUCCAGUCAUGUCAAACUUCCCCAUCAAGAAUAAAAUCUCCCCUAUUAACAUCCUUCCAUAAGUGGGACGGCAAAUCUAAGGCGUUGGCUAGUAAAUAUCAGACCAAAGAAGUCACCGAAAGUCUUUUGUUGAAUCCAUUUCUCAACAUACUAAUCUCUCCCACAAGAAAUGUAUCACUGGCCAAGCUGGUCGUUCCAAGAGCUCAUCUUUUGAAAUUUGUUGUCAAGAAAUCGCAGACAGAUCUCACAAUAGCACCCUCCUUGGACGGCAAGUCUGUAGGCACUUCUUCGUACGUGCCAAACAGCAGAACAGUGCUUCAAUCAAUCGUAUCGUCCCGCAAAGAUCGAAUUAGAUCCCAACUGAUACCCAUGGAUAUACGGAACUCUGAAAAUAGUCAGGUAUCUAUCAAAAGUGUUCAAAUUCCAGACCAACUCGUUGAGCAGGUUGACGAGGCAUAUUUUGACAAAUUGAGAAAAGAACUAUCGUACUUUCACACCUUGGAGUAUCAAAUACCUCAGAAAGGUCCUGCUGUUAAAGUUACCAGCUCAGACUCGAACGAACAGACUUUAGCCAUCGAGGAAGAAUUUGUAACUAUUAAUCUACAUCCUCUCAUUAAGGACACAGACAUAAUUCUGAAGAAGGAUAUGUAUUUGGAUAUGUCUAAAAAGUCUCAUCGAAUGCUAUUUACCUUCCUCUUCAAACUCCAAGAGUACUUUAAUGACUGA